AUGAUGGCCGUCUUCCAGACCUCGCAAGCGACGCCGCUGUACUCGACGGGGUGGACGCCCUCCAGCACAGGCGCGUACGCGGGGACAUGUAUCUUCCUGAUCAUGCUAGCGCUCGCGUUCCGCGGUCUCCUGGCGGCCAAGACGUGGCAGGAGAGCCGGUGGCUGGACGCAGAGCUCAACCGCCGCUACGUGGUCGUCAACGGCAAGGCCCCGCUGGCUGCGACCCUCAGCCGCGACUCCCUGGCCAAGAACCUGGUACUGAGCGAGAACGGGGUCGAGGAGAGCGUCGUCGUGGUCAAGAAGCGCGCCUCCCACCUUCAUCCCUGGAGGUUGAGCGUUGACCCCGUGCGUGCGGCCCUGGAUACGACAAUUGCUGGAGUUGGCUAUCUCCUCAUGAUUGCGGUCAUGAGCAUGAACGUUGGCUAUUUCCUUUCCAUCCUCGGUGGCACGUUUCUCGGCAGCCUCCUUGUUGGCCGGUACACCGCGAGCGUCGAGCAUUAG